UGGCGCGAAUAGUAGCGCGUUUUAAGUGGCGCCACUAUUCGCGCCAAAAUGUGAAAAGUGAUUUGAAUCAAGAGAUACUUUGCUGCCCGUCGAUUCACAUAAUAAGCUCUUCAGAAAAAAAAUUUGGACCGAUUCUGUUCCCCGUAUAAAAAGUCGAUUUUGCGCUAAUGAACCACGCCUAUACUCCGACAAACAACUCGAUGAUCUUCUUAUUGGUGUCGUAAUGGCAAAAGCAUCGAAUAAUGUUUUAAACGGAGAAUUGUUAUUCCCGUUUGCAUAUUUAAUUCCAGAAGAUGUCAAAUAUUCUUAACCCCCAACGUCACCUCCAGUCAGAUCAAUAACAAAUUCACCACAAAUACGAAAUGAAAGAUCGAACACGUUGUAAGUAAUAAUAUUUAUUGUACGUCCUACGUCUAUACAAAUGCUAACUUCAUUUUUCUGAAUGAAAGUUUUGUGGUAAAAAACGUUUUUCUAUCUAUAGCUCGUUUUCCGUACCAGAAGCGUUACAUAGCCGGAAUAAAGAUCGAUCGCGCAGUCCUCACCGCUCACACUUGGUUGGCACGCGUCAAUCUACUUUAAACUCACCACACACGUCUUCAUCUAACACCAUUCAUCCGCGUUUUCAACUUGAAUCUUCGUCAACUUUGACUUUGCAACCAACUGCAGGUGAUCUUAAUCGCUCGAGAAGUUUAACAUCACCUCAGCACGAACGACCAGCAACAAUCGCCGAUGUCACAAAUUUUCAACAGGAGGACAUCGGAAGAUAUCAUGAAGCUAGUCGAAGAAUUCCCCCAACGAGUGUACAAGGUGCAGCAAUUUUUCGUCAUGCAGACGAGAUCUUGUCUGUCGAAUAG